ACAGGUCGCUGUAGCUGGAGCGCAGUUGUGAGGGCGGUCGUGGAUGCGGACAGAGGGGUCGCACAUAUGCUUGCACAGCGCAGGAUCUCUGAGGAUUAUAGCCGCUGCAAAGGACCCUUACUGCGCCUUUCGGAGCGACCAAUUCACUGUGGAUAUACUUACACGAGAGGAAUAUAAAGAGGGGAUUACUCAAAGACCAGAACAUCCAUAGUCAUGGAUGAGAUAAAGACGUCUGUCGUCUUGGGGGGUAUUUUGGCGGUGCUAGUUUCAGUUACCUGCGGACUGUCGCCACCAACUAUUGUGUCCAACGACGAGGAGUUCAUCCUGCAGCCCAACUCCGUGUUCAACAUAAGUUGCACCGGUAAAAGAAGCGUUGUUUGGGAGGAACCCCUACCGGCAAACACCUUCGUUUUACCGGGAUACUACACGGCAACGCUCUUUAUUUACAACGCGACGGUAGAAAACACCGGCUAUUACAUGUGUGUCUACGAAACCCCGGAGGAUGAAGUGGAGAGUGAACCGGAAGAAGAAAAUGAGGCGGGAAUAUAUGUCUUCGUGCCAGAUCCCAAGGCCCCGUUUGUUCCUGAGACCCCUGAUAACUUGGUAGUCCCCAUGGACAUGACUGGAGUCCCCAUCUCCUGCCGAGUAUCUGACCCUUUCUCAGAUGUCAUCCUGAGGAGUGUCCCCAGUGGAGAGGAGAUGCCUGCCUACUAUGACAACAAGAUGGGCUUCUUCAGGAACCUCUCUCCUGGGCAGUAUCAGUGUGAAACCACUGUGAACGGCCAGACAGUCAGAAGUGUUGUUUACACUGUGAAAGUUGAGGCCCCUGCAGAGAUGGAGGAUUUCGAUGUGGAAGUAAAAGCCAGUGAGGAAACUGUAAGAGCUGGGGAACCUUUCAGUGUCACCUGUGUCGCUCCCACUGGACUGGGCUUUCAGCAGCAAUGGCUCCAUCCUAAAAAACAGGCUGUGGAUGCAGUGCAGACGAAACAGACUUUACCUGACCGGGUCAUAUACACGCUCAAUAUCCUAAAAGCCACCACUCAGGACAGCGGCACCUACGAAUGCUCCAUCACUCACGAAAUCAGUAGAGAGGUCAGAGUCAGCAGCGUGGCCGUCACUGUCAUCGAGGAGAAUUCCUUUGUGAUACUGGACCACAGUGGGAUUCUAGCGACGGAGUUUGUCAGCCUUUUAGAGGAGACAGAGUUUACGAUUCUCAUUGAUGCUUACCCAGCCCCUAAAGUGACAUGGCUGAAAGAUGGCAAAGCCAUACCAGGGAACUACUAUGUCCACACCAAAACAAGCCACUUUGAAGGGAAUAGGUAUCAAAGUAUUCUGACAUUACGGCAACCUCUGGAGAAAGACAAUGGGAAUUACACAAUUACAGCUCUUAGUGGUUCCCGCUCUGCUCAGUUCUCCUUUAACCUCAAAGUGAAAGCCCCCACUGCAAUGAUGUUCCCACCAUCCUCAGCCCCUAUGCUGCUGCCACAGAUAGAUGAGAUGGUGGUGCCCCUCCACACUCCUUUCACCUUGACCUGCCGUGGAGAAGCACAGCUGGCCUGGGAGACACCGCUCGAUGUGCUCGAGCAAACGCAGGAGGACAACAGUGGCCUAUUUGUCACUGCCAUCACUGUGGAUAAUGCCACUGCAAUGCACACUGGGUACUACACUUGUUUCUACAGCAAAAAUACCACUGAGGAGACAGAGGACAGCAGCAUCUACAUCUAUGUGCCAGAUCCAGAUGUUCCCUUUGUGCCAUCACCGGUGCCUUUUGGUAACCAUGUCCUGUCCGACCAUGAGGAGAUGGAGAUCCAGUGUCGAGUGUCUGAUCCCAGCGCCAACGUGACCCUGAUUAACGCUGACACCCAGCAGCCUGUGCCUAGUGUUUAUGACAGCAAGAGGGGUGCUUUGGGGGUAUUCACUGCUGGAACCUACAUGUGUAAGGCCCUUGUAAACGGACAGGAACACUACAGCGGGGAAUACAUCGUCCACGGCUGGACAGGUGGUGCUGCACUGCAUGUUGAGCUGACAGCCAAGCGGACUGCUCUUCUGGUAGGAGAGACUCUCACAGUCACCUGUCUGGCUAGGGGUUCUGAGAUUCUGGAAGACCAUUGGAAAUACCCUGGAAAACUGGCUAAUCGUGCUAUCAAAACCGUGCAUGAGAACAAGAGGGAUCAGGAGAUCCUUUACACCCUGACAAUCCCGCAGGCUUCAACCAAAGACAGUGGAAUCUACUCUUGCUCCAUCACUGAUAUUAUUAGUAAUGAGAGCCAGACAAAGCAACUAGCUAUUAGAGUUUUUGCAAGUGAGUUUCUGGCUGUCCGGCCACAGUUUGGAGAAUAUGAAUCAGCAGAGCUGGAUGAGGUCCGCGAGUUCAGGGCCGAAAUCAGCUCCUUCCCCACUGCACGCGUCACUUGGCUUAAAGAUGGAAGCCCACUCAGCGAUGUGACAGCAGAGAUCUCCACCAGCCUCCGGCAGCUCAGUGAGACCAGCUACAUGAGUGCUCUCACCCUGAUCCGAGCCAAAGAGGAGGACAGUGGGAACUACACCAUGCGAGUGCAGAAUGGGAACCAAACUCGGGAUGUUGGUUUAGUGCUGGAGGUCAAAGUUCCUGCAGUUAUUGUGGAGCUGAUGGACAUCCACCAUGGCUCAGCCACAGGCCAGUCUGUGGUGUGCAUUACUAGAGGGCAGCCCACCCCUGUGGUGGAGUGGUUCAUCUGCAAGAACAUCAAACAUUGUGCAAAUGACUCGUCCUCCUGGGCCCCCCUCUCCACCAACUCCACAGAGAUCACAGUGGACUCCCACAUGGACGAGGAUAAUAACCUGGAGAGCCAGGUCAUGUUUGGUCACCUGGAAAACACACUGGCCGUCCGCUGCCUGGCCAGGAAUGAAAUGGCUGCCGUCAGCAGGGAGGUCAAACUGGUGUCUAGCGGCCCUCACCCUGAGCUGACUGUAGCUGCUGCUGUGCUGGUGCUCCUGGUCAUUGUCAUCAUAUCACUCAUUGUCUUGGUUGUUAUCUGGAAACAGAAACCACGUUAUGAGAUCCGCUGGAGGGUCAUAGAGUCUGUGAGCCCAGAUGGCCAUGAGUACAUCUAUGUGGAUCCCAUGCAGCUUCCCUAUGACUCCAGAUGGGAGUUUCCCCGUGACAGACUUGUGCUUGGUCGUAUCCUGGGCUCUGGAGCCUUUGGGAAGGUAGUAGAGGGCACCGCUUAUGGACUCAGUCGCUCCCAACCUGUCAUGAAGGUGGCAGUGAAGAUGCUGAAACCCACAGCACGCUCCAGCGAGAAACAAGCCCUGAUGUCUGAGCUAAAGAUCAUGACUCAUCUUGGACCUCAUCUAAACAUUGUCAACCUCCUUGGAGCGUGCACUAAGUCAGGCCCUAUCUACAUUAUCACAGAGUACUGCUUCUAUGGGGACCUGGUCAACUACCUGCACAAGAACAGAGAGAACUUCCUGAGCCUAAACCCAGAGAAGAAUAAAAAGGAGCUGGAUAUCUUUGGAAUCAACCCUGCAGACGAGAGCAGCAGGAGCUAUGUGAUCCUGUCCUUCGAGAGCAAAGGAGACUACAUGGAUAUGAAGCAAGCUGACAACACUCAGUAUGUGCCCAUGCUGGAGAUGAGCAAUGCCUCCAAGUACUCAGACAUCCAGAGGUCCAACUACGACCACCCGCCCUCCCAGAAAGGCUCAAGUGAGGGUGAGAUAGACAACCUGCUGUCGGACGACAUGAAUGAGGGCCUCACCACCACCGACCUGCUCAGCUUUACCUACCAGGUGGCCAAAGGCAUGGAGUUCCUGGCUUCCAAAAAUUGUGUGCAUCGGGACCUCGCAGCCAGGAAUGUGCUUCUCUCUCAGGGCAAGAUAGUGAAGAUUUGUGACUUUGGACUGGCCAGAGACAUCAUGCAUGACAACAACUAUGUCUCCAAAGGGAGCACCUUUCUGCCAGUGAAGUGGAUGGCACCAGAGAGCAUUUUUGACAACCUGUACACUACUCUCAGUGAUGUUUGGUCCUACGGCAUCCUCCUCUGGGAGAUAUUCUCCUUAGGCGGCACCCCAUACCCAGGAAUGGUCGUGGACUCGAGCUUCUACAACAAGAUCAAGAGUGGAUACAGGAUGUCCAAACCUGAACAUGCACCGCAUGACGUGUAUGAAAUGAUGAUGAAGUGCUGGAACAGUGAGCCGGAGAAGAGGCCUUCUUUCCUGGGUCUGAGUGAAACUGUAGCUUCUUUGCUGCCCUCCAGCUACAAGAGACAUUACGAGAGGGUAAACCACGAGUUCCUGAAGAGUGACCACCCCGCUGUGACUCGGGUGUGCAUGGAAAACGAUGACGCCUACAUUGGCAUCACCUACAAGAACCAGGGCAAGCUAAAGGACAGGGAAAGUGGCUUCGACGAGCAGCGGCUGAGCUCUGACAGCGGCUACAUUAUUCCCCUCCCUGACCUUGACCCUAUAUCUGAUGAUGAAUAUGGAAAGAGAAACAGACACAGCUCUCAGACAUCCGAGGAGAGUGCCAUCGAGACGGGCUCCAGCAGCUCCACUUUUGCUAAGCGUGAGGGUGAGACCCUGGAGGACAUCACGCUGCUGGACGAGAUGUGUCUGGACUGUAGCGACUUGGUAGAGGACAGCUUUCUGUGACAACUGCCUAUUCUGUAGAGCAGGAGCUGCAAGGAAAAGGGGUGUUAAGGACACAAGGAACUAGAGAAAGACUUGUACAUCAAAGACUCUGCUGUCUACCCUCUAGUCCUGCCAUUCCUCCUCCUUGAUCGCCCUUUCAGGGGACAGAACAAAACCACUUCACUGUCUGGAUGAGUCUGUGGUGAUAGUAUGGUACACCCUUUACUUCUCCCUGAACAAUGCCCCCUGCUGGGCUGGAGGAGUGAGUGAGGACUGAAGAAAUGGUGACAUCGAGGACUCAAUGAACCACAGACACUGAGCCUGUGAGUUGGACGUAUCAAAAAGAAAAAAAAAAACAGAUUAAAAGAUUGAGCUUUAUUCUAUUGGGCAUUUUAUUAACAGCAAUAUAAGCAAGAAGGGACAAAUCAAACACGUUGGUCAGCAACUCUAAAUGAACACCACAGGAUCAUUCAUAUGAUACAUAUUUAACCACUACAGAUGCACUAUUUAAACUAGAUGAGUCCAAUACUAGCAACAGAAUUGGCAGGUAAACUCACCCCACACUCACCUGCUGCAAGAGAAGCACCUGAUGCUGGCACAAUCAGUAGCAAUACUUGGAUUUUAAGCACAAAAUCUGGACUAUGUGCAUUUUUUGUAUAUGACCAUAUAAUGUAUUCAGUGGUUAAAUACAUGCAGUAUUUCAAAUUUAUUUUUUUACUUCAUCAUUAUGUAAACAUGUAUUAUUUGUGAAUACCGAGUAGAUAUUGACCAUUGCUGUUUGAAUGGUUAUGAACAUAGAGCUUUUAAGUUGCAUGUAUCUUUGCAGCGUCUCACCUGUUGCCCAGAUCCAACCUGAUGUUCUCAAAUUUCAUCUCUGACAAGACCUCAGUCAUAUUUGUUAUAUGGACUUUGAUAAACAAAGUGAAGAAUGAUUGUACUGUAAAUAGCUCCAGAGUUGUUUUAUAAGAGAGAAAUAUUGGGAUAACACUCAAGUAUUUUAUGUAAGCACAUAUUAAGCUUCUGCACCCUUAGUUGCCCCGGUGAAGCCGAUGGUUUUGAUGAAUACAUUGUAACAAAGGAAAUCUAAUACAUUUUCCUCAACAAAGACAUUUGCAAUCAUAGUGGACAGUGUAGAGGUUUUUGACCAUAUUUGUGGAUUAGAAAGUUGAGUGAGAAAUUUUAAUAUUUUCUCAUGGGUGUAAUCUAUGGCAUGCAUAGUACUAUUGUCAGUUUAACUGUUAAUCAUAAAAUAAAAGGAAUAAAAGAAAAACUCAUGUCAGUAAAAAUAACAGUAUGGCCCAAAAAAUAAGUAGAUCCAAUAGCAGUGCUUUACCAGCAGGUUAUGUCCUUCAGUCUCAUAUUUUAUCUAUUGUCCUGAAGUCUAUUAGCAGGUUCUAGUUAUACUAAGACACUAGAUGAACUAGAGAUUCAUGUUGAUCUGAUGUCAUACAUCAGUUAUGUGUAGACUCUUUGUAAUCCUCUGUAUCUUCCAGCUACUGUACCAGCUAUGCCACUGCCUCUGUGUGUUGACUGUGAUAUAAUCUGCAAUCAGUUGUUGCACUUUCCUUUUUUUUCCAUUUUGUUUUUGAUGUUGCAGACGAGUUAGCUGGGCUGGGGUAAAAAAAAACAACAAACAAAACCCAGAAGUCUUGUUUUGGCUUUAGAUAAAGCAGUGUGGAUGUGAAUGUUUGUGCUGCAGAUGAGUGAUGUUUUGUUGACGGUACAGUAUCUGUAAUUAUAGGUAAUCACACCCAAUAUGAUGAAUUAAUACUAUGUUUCAUUAUUUUACAACAUGUACAUUCAGAUGAUUUAUAUUUCAAUAAAUGAUUUAUAAUGUUAAAAAAA